AUGAAUGCGCCCAACGACGGUUAUACACGCAUUCCCGCCUUGUGGUUUCAGGACGGAAACAUUGUCAUUCGCACCCAGAAUACGUUGUGCAAGGUGCACUGCUCGAUUCUUUCUCUCCGCUCUGGCGUUUUUCAAGACAUGCUGGCCUUCCCGCAAGCCACGGGUGGUGUGGAGACUAUGGACGAAUGCCCUUUGGUCGAUCUGACCGACGAGCCGGACGACGGACCAUCAAAGAAAGUCGACCUCCUGCCCCUCCUCGGCAUUCUGCGCCUUUCUCACAAGUAUGAUGUCGAAAAGCUUCAUCGACGAGCCCUGGAGCACUUCGACCAUGGAAUGUUCUAUUCCUCUUAUCAUGCAUUCCUCAAAACUCCGGACUCGGAUCUGGGCCCACUGGCACAACAACAUACCAUCACUGUACCUGAUUCCAUACCAGCCAUAGCAUCAUCGAGUCCCUGCAUAAGGGUUAUUCCUACACUGUCCAACUCCCCUAUCGCCCUUCUUCUCGCGAUCAAAGCCAUCACCUCAGUCCAAGCGCAGUGCUUGUUACCGGUAGCGUAUUACUGGCUCUGCAUCAUGCCCAUCCAAGAUCUGCUUGCAGUUCCGGAGGACAUACUCCCCAGGGCGAAGUUGCAUUGGAUUCUCCAGAAACGUAAGGUUCUGGCAGUCAAACGCGCUAAAAUAUUGGAGAACAUCAACCAAUUUGGCUGGAAGGCGGAUUGCGAGCAGGUGGAACAGUGUGCUUCAGCACGGAUGGAGCUUCUAUCCCAUCACAUUCGUCAAAAUGCCCGCGGGGAUGAUGUAUGCCUGUUGCAUGCAGUGACUGUAGUCGACUUCGGACGGCAAGCUGGGCUUUGCGCAAGCUGUCUCAAAGGCGUGAAUGCAUUGUGCAGCGAGGCAUUUCACUGGGAGUGGGCGACGCUCCCGGCGCUUUUCGAUCUGCCUGACUGGGAAGUUUUGAACCAAGACAGAAUCAAUGUGUUGGAUUUGUUCGACGACGACGAUUGGUGA